AUGCCUUACCAGGCGCCAUACGUGGUGUCGGUCGGCUCUCGCUCCUCGGCCGAGGAAGGAGAGGAGGUCCGGGUGCCCUUCGAGGCACCUUCCCUUCCUCUCCGCUCCUUGGCCAAGAAGGCCACGCAGCAGCAGGUCACCGUUCGCGGUCGCGAGGACGAGUACACCUGUGUUUGCGAGAAUUGCAGCUGGCCGUUUCGCUUCGGCGACUCAGAGAAUCACCACCUUCGUUGCCCGGCUUGCAACUGGAGCCCAUACCCAAACCUGCUUCUUCCCGGCCGUUCGCGCUCAGCUCCUAAGGAGGACACGGUCGUCAAUAUGCCUCGACGCACUCCGAACUUCUCCCGACGCACCUCGAAGGCCUAUCCUCCUGCAAGCCAGAAUGACCGCAGCACAAUUGGCAGCAUGAAUGACAACGCUGCUUGGCGCAGUGGAGCAAAUAUUCCGAGAUCGAUGGUCUUGACCGGCAACAACUCUACGGCUGGUGAGAUCACCAACGAUGAGGUUGCUACCGCCGGCAUGCGCGCAUAUGGAUUCCACGUCGACAACUAUCCGCCCUUCGUCGACGGCACUCGUGCCGUAUACCCUUCAACACUACCUGUAGUCCGCAUUGAAGGAGCUCCGUACGCCAUUGGCGCUUCCGAAGUCUCCAUGUGGGCUGCCAAGCAUCUCUUCCACUACGGCAACAAAGAAGGCUCUUCGGUCACCUACCCGAUCCACAUCCUCAUCGACCGCUGCACCGGCAAGUCUAUGGACAUAUGGCUGGAGCUGCCUACGCAGGCUCUUGCGAAACAGGUCCUGUACCGCUACCAAUCUUACCUAGACAACAACCAAGUCCCUAAGAUCAGCAACAAGGCAGUCGGUGUGUUCGCCAGCUCGCAAGGCGAACUCAUGAAAGCCAUCUUCCCGAUCGCAAAAGAUAUCCACUGGGAUCCAGACACAGGUAUUCCGGUCAUGGUCAACACCGGCCGCAUCGGAGACGACGGCAUGCCGACCACUGGUUUCCCGUGGCUACGAAGCAUGAUGGCUACUGUCAAGAAGUUCCCUUGGGCUUCCGAAUACUACCUCGUGGCUGAGCGUGACAGACUGUUCCCAUCCUACUUCAGCAUGCUCGGUCAGCUUCUCAUGAAGGUGUACGACAAGGGCUAUGUCAACGCUCAUGGCCGUGAGGUCGGUCUGUCCAUUCCGCUGGCUCGCGCCUUUGUCAAUACUGGUCUCCGAUGCCCUGGCUUCUCCGAGCGGCAGAAGGCUCGCAUCGCCGAACUCGUUGUCCCGUUAUCCGACGAAGCCGUUGAGAUCUCAACUUAUUGCGCUGUUUGGCCAUUCCAUUGCUUGAGCAUCCCAGAUGAGGUCGGCGAUGAUGAUCUCGAUAAGUGGAUGCAGCUGUUCGACGUAGGCGCCACCAAAGCUUGGCUCGGCAACGAUGGUGGCACGAUGUACCAAGUCGGUGACUUCAUCCAGCUGGGCAAGGACGACAAGGGCUUCUGGAUCGUGGUCGAUCUGCUCAACGGCAAGGAAUUUCUGGACCUCGUCGAUGACCAAGGCGCGGCGUAUCGCGUUGAUCAGCUUACCUAUGCCGAAUUCGCUCGAGCUGAAUCCAUCAUGAUGAAGGACAUCAUGCAAACUGCCUGGGACGAAUUCUUUGCGAUUCGUCAGAUGCCUUCUACAAACAUCGAGUUCCCAGAUGUUUUCGAAGGCAACCAGGUUGCGGAAAAGAUGGAACUACUCGGCUGCUUCCGCUCCGGCGGUAUCGCACCUCCCAAGAAGGCUCUACCUGGUGACGAUAUUGUCCAAGUACCGGAGAAUCAGUGGGGUGAAUGGCAAGCUCUGAUCACAUGCACCACUGGCACAUACCCUGUCAAAUCUGCUACCGAGUCGCUUGCUGAAGUGGGCAUCCUGGUUCCUCCCCAGAUCGAGGCCGCGCACCAGAAGGUUCAGGCUGUCAUUCGAGGCGAGAUGCCGGUCGAGGUGCUCGGACUGAGCUAUUCCGAGCUCAAGAGCACCGAAGUGACCCUUCCUAUCAAUCACAAGGUUCUUGUGGAUGCUCGUCCUGGCUAUGGUAGCUGGCAUCCUGAUGUCGCGAAAGGUCGAUUCAACCCCUAUGCGAAGCGGCCCCAGAACAACUUCGACUCGGAGGAUGAUGACGACUCAGAAGAAGGGUUCGAAGAGAACAUCAACUCAUUCGAAGCCACGCCCAACGUCGGCAUUCGUUCCUCCUAUGACACCGGCACGUAUUCUUGCCCACCCGUUGCCGCCAGACAGUUCAUCGACUUCGAUACCAUCGCCAAACAGGCUGUUGCAACCAAACCUGGUUCGGUUGGAAACACACCUACACGAGUUGGCAGCAACGAUGACACCACCCCUGCUCAGGCCAGUCCCGGUCUCGGUGCCUCUCUAGCCGAUCUUAGCAUCCACCAGAGUUCUCUCUAUGGUGCCUUCAUCAGCUCUCCGGGCAACAAAAGUGGCUUGAUGCGCGCACAAGCUGAUCCUUCUCGUCCCAGCAGCCCACUCCGCCAGACAAGCCCUCGUCGUGCUGUAUUCAAGGAUCCGUUCCAGCCUUCUACUCCGGUUCGCCAGGGUAGUCCCGAGCGUAUGUCUGGUGUCUACGUCCCGCCUGCUCGUCGUGCAAGCCCAGAACGCGGUGCCAUCCGCCCACGAGAGCGCAAGGUCGAAGGCAGCCCCGUUCGUGGUUCGGUCAGUCCCGCUCGUGGCCAGGUCAGUCCACUGCGUGGUCGUAGCCUGUCACCCAACAAGCGAGCUGGUGAUGUUGCACAAGACUUCGGUCCGAUCGGCACUCCUACGGGUCGCAACACCAUCAACCGUGCUUCUACCAUUCCGGAGGAGUCUGAAGAGCAAGCCCAGUCUCCAACUCGAGGCCGCGGCCGCGGUCGCUUCUAG